AUGCCGUCGCCGAAGCCCAAUAAUGGCUUUGAGCGGCUGCUGAAUACCCAGCUGGAAGCCGUGCGGUCCAGCCUCCUCCAACAGCAUAACACAGAGAUCGAUGAAUUGCGGAAGACCGUUCUGCAAUUGCGGAAACAGGUCUACUACAAUGAUACCGACCGACCAGAGUCACCGGAGUCCUGUGACGCACCCGAUGGCACUUACAUGCGCUGGGCAGACUUCGCCGCGAGGCUGCUGGAAGAGUCAGAGAAGGAUGUGCCAGGUGAGGAUGACGCGGAGGAAGCUGAGAGGGCAGACCUUGACUCUGCUUUGCGUUUGCGCCCUGUGUGGUCUUCCAGCUCCUGGAAACAAGUUGCGAAGAACCGACGCGGAUACCGUCUGUCAGACCGGCACUCCCUGCCGCAAGCUCGGAUGAGCGAUGAUCUGACAGACAACUCUUGUUGGCAGGGAUUAGUUUUGAGACCGCGCAGCCAGUUUCAGCUGACAUGGUCCCUCAUGGGCACGCUGCUUAUUCUCUGGGAUCUCAUCACCAUUCCGCUGGAGCUUUUCAACAUCCCAAACUCUGCGGACUUCUUCAGCACGACCUCCAGGAUAACGCUGGUCUUCUGGGUCCUGGAUAUGCCGCUGAAUGUCUGCUUCGGAGUGGAGCGAGGGGGACGUGUCGAGCUGCGACCAGUGGAGCUCUUGAAGAUCUAUUUGCGCUCGUGGUUCGUGUUGGACGUGCUUGUCAUUUCCUUAGACGUUCUGCUCAUAGUUGUGGAGCUUGUGUCAGCGACCGAGAGCGAUGCGGGCCUCAGAUCAGCUCGCUUCCUCCGCACUAUGCGACUGCUUCGACUCUUGCGACUACUCCGUGCAGUCAAGUUGCAACAGGAGCUUACACUGUUGGCCAAUCGCUUCUUGUCUGCCCAUGUCUUCAUGGUCGCAAAGGUCGUGUUCGGUCUCCUUAUGAUGCUGGCUAUAAAUCACAUCAUUGCCUGCCUCUGGUAUGGAAUUGGAUCCUGGACCUCCCUGGAUGGCAAAAGUUGGCUUGAGCAAGCGCAGCUGCUGGGUACCGAGGUUGGCUUCGCUGAGAGGUACGCCGUUUCUAUCCACUGGACUCUUACUCAGUUCACGCCAGCUACUAACAAUGUGGCUCCAGAUAAUGCUUUGGAGAGGUUCUUUGCUGUCUGGGUCAUCCUGCUGGCCAUGGGUGUCUUCUCAUCGUUUAUUAGCUCGAUUACUGCAACUGUGAGUAAACUGCAGAGCUCCCGUGUGGAUCAGUUCCAGCAGCGGGCAAAGCUCUUGCGCUUCUUCGUGGAGCGUAACCUCUCUGCGGACCUGUAUGGCAAGGUCGAAGACGUCUUGCGGCAAGAAGGACUCUUUCAGGUCCGGAUCAAGGAACGCGAUGUCAAGAUGGUGCAGGAUAUUCCUGAACGGCUCAAGAUCCAGCUGCAUGAGGAGAUGUUCAUGAGUCUUUUGGCCUGCCUUCCCUUCUGGCCAAAGAGGAGUGGCAACAGGGAGGGCUUCCUUCACCGCAUGAUUUGCCACCAGGCCAUGCGUGAGGGCUCCGUGGUGCCGGGUCAGGAUGCCUUCAUCUCAGGUGCUGAGGCGACGGAGGUCCUCAUCGUCGAGUCUGGCAUGAUGAGCUAUUUGUAUUUGAACAAUCAAAGGCAUGAAGAUACCGUUUCAGCUGAAGACAUUGUGUGCUUACAAUGCAUCUUUGCAGAGUGGAAACAUCGAGGGCGGCUGUUUGCGCACCACGGCUCCUGCUACUGGGUGGGCCUCAAUGCUGUGAAGUUCUGCAGUCUGGUCACAGAGUAUGGCGGCGCUGUGUGGCAACAUUUGCAUAUCUUCGGAAUUCUUCUUGUGGGGGCAAUUGAAGAUCGGCAAUGGAUGAUCAAUGACAUCAACUGGGGCAUGGUGGGUGUUGACGAAUUGUGCGAGCGCACUGUCAAGUAUGCAGACAUCCUCAACGAAAAUCAUGGCACAACAUCUGCAAGCUUAGCUUUGAUUAAAUCAUAUUCCAUGGACUAG